AUGGACGCCGGUGGUAUGGGCAACCCACAUGGUGGUCCUCCACCGCAUGGUCACUACGCUAACCAACACCCUGGCCCGCACCAACAGGGCAACACUCCUCCGGCAUCCAGUAUGCACCACGUUCCCCCUGAAUACGCUACGCCUGGCCGACCCUCACCCCAUUUUGUCCUAGGUGGAGGUCUGCCUCCUGGUGCUGGAGGACCUGGGGGGGGAGGUGGACCCCCUCCGCCUCCGCAACCUCCAGGACCGCCAGAUGGUUACUGCCCGGGCCCCGGAGGGCAUGGCGGCAUGAUGAACGGUGGCGGUGGCGAUGGACCUCCUGGCCCUCCACCUCCGGGUAGCCGAAGUGGAAUGAUGCCUCCUCCACCUGAGUAUGGAGGAAACGGGCCACCCUUCCAACAACCUGGUACGAAGGUCUUGCCAAAUAACCAAUCAAUAUUGAUUUGCAGGAUUUUGGCCCACGCCUUUGUAUUAUUUGUUAGCAUGCUGGCAUUUGGAUUCAUUCCAUUAAUCUAA